GUGUUUCGCCGGGACAAGAGAAACGGGAAGAACGGAAGAAAGCACGGGAGGAGGUGGAGAAGGCGAAGAAGAGGCGGAAUGCGACCAUCUCAACCAAGGACGCGAAGUUUCGACAAUUCAGUGGCAAGAUGCAGUCAGCCGACAUUCGUCGCGUUCUACUUGCUUUGCUGAUGAUAAUUGCUACCGCCACGUCGUUCGCCGGAAAAUUGCAGCCCGUGAAACUUCUCGCGGUGCGGAAUCGCGCUGUGCUAAGACGGAUCGCUAUCUCUCGCGAGGAAAAAUCGAAAGUUUGUUACGAUCUACUUGGUUGCUUCGCGGAUCCGCCGCAGCAUUUAUCGAUAAAACGACCGCCCGAGCACCCUAGCGUGAUCCAAACCAGGUUCCUCCUCUAUACGCGCGCGGACCGGCGAAAUCCGGAACCCCUGCAGUACGGGGACAACCAAAAGUCCAUCGCACAUUCUCGGUUCAACGUCAGCAAGCCCCUCAGAGUGCUGAUACACGGUUUCAAGGGCAGCGGAAGCGACGUCGGCGCAAUACACGGCAUAAAUUUCCUACUCGAUAUUGAAGACGCGAACGUCAUCAUCCUGGACUGGACGAAGGGGGCGGGCACCAGUUACGGAGCUGCGGUGGCGAAUAGCGAACUGGUCGGCCGGCAAUUGGCCUUGGUACUUCUAGACGCUGUCAACUUGGGAGUCGAUCCCGCCGACAUUUACGUGAUCGGAUUCAGUCUGGGCGCGCACGUGGCCGGCUGCGCCUCGGAGGUGUUGAAGGAGAGGAGCCUGCUUCUGGGUCGCAUAACAGGCCUCGACCCGGCGUCGCCCUUCUUCCGGCGUCACCUCUUCAGGGAGAAAACGAGAAAAUUGGACGCGACCGACGCCCGUCUCGUCGAUGUCGUUCACACCGACGGCUCUCAGGACUUCAUGGACGGCUUCGGCCUACUUAAACCGAUCGGGCAUAUCGACUUUUUCCCAAACGGCGGCAGGGAGCAGCCCGGCUGCACGGAUAUUAAGAACUCCGUGGUGGUCAGUCACUUGAAAGAGGAUUUGCUGGACAAGCACAUAGCGUGCAGCCAUUUGAGAGCUUUUCAGAUCUACAUAGAGAGCGUCCGCUCGCAAAAUGAAAAGUGCAAGUUUACCGCCUGGCCUUGCCCGCAAGGAGGAAUAUCCUACGCGCGUGGGACAUGCUUCCCCAUGGAAUCGACCAAUUGGAAUCAAGAGUUGGGCUACGCGGCUAAUCGUGGAGCCUUGGGAAUCUAUUAUCUGGCGACUAGAGCCGAAGCACCGUUUUGCGGUCAACCAGCCAGAGCAUCGGUGAUGACGUCCGUAAAUAUGCUGAAAACAUCUGGUACAUUGUUUUUCAAAGUCACCCUCGCCAAUUCCACGACGAUCUUCAGAAUUCCAUGCACCUUGCCCAAACGGACAGUCGAACAAACGACGUUUUAUAACAUCGCGGCGGUGGAUUUCGACGCGUUAACGGGAGACACCGCGUCGGUCAUCGGCGUCAUCUCUUAUCAGCGCGCCGCCAACAAGACCGAGGAGGACAUCGAACCGGACGCGGACGUUUUACUUUUCAACAAACUGGCCCUCGAGGAUCGCAAGGGCUACAGGUGGGAAUAUUGCGGCGCGAACACCGCAGUCAACUCGCACGAGAUGCAUGUGGAACUGAAAAACGAACGCUGCACGCCCUAACGCACGUCUCUGCCGCGACAGUUUUGUAUUGUAUCAUUAAAAUAAACGUCAUCUGUAAGCGGCCGAGAGAAAUUCAAAUUCCUACCCAGUGAGAAAUGAUUCGUCGAUCGACGUCGAUCGACGAAUCAUUUCUCACUGGGUUCUUUCCAGCGCGCUCGCGCGACAGUUAAUUCCAACCAAUUUCGGCUCCUCCGAGCCGCGAACUUGUAUCGGCGGCCGAGGGUCAGAUCGCAGCCUCGUCCCGUUAAAUCGCGCAAAUAAUUCACGGCGAGCAUUAACGAGCAUGCAAAUGCGAUAAAUCACUUCACUCACCGAUCUCUGCCGCUGAUGUCGCCGCCGAUGUCGCCGCUCCGCAGUCUUCGCCUCGCCGCGUCGUUCCGGAUAUUCGCUCGUUGAAACUGCACCAAAUUAAUUAGAAAAGCACAAUCAGUCGCCACGACAAGACGGUCACUCAACACUGCUCUGCACGGCACUCCCGAUCGCGCGACUCGUUACGGACGGAGAAAAGUAACGCGGAAACGAACGACGAUUGCCCGCGCGACGCGGCGCAAGAAGAAGGAACGUUCACUCACACGCAAGCAGAAGCCGUGUGUCCGUGCGCGCUCACCGCCGCGUCGAGCGUGCACGUACGCGCGUCUCUUCCCCGUGUGUGCGCGUCCUACACCGCUCGGUUCCGUGUCGGGCCGCGUCGCCAUCUUGGCCUCGCUGCGCGUGGCGCUCAACCGACGUGCGCAGAGCAGUGAGCGUUCAAACGUACGCGCGGGCAACUUCGCGUCGGUGCCCGAGAUGAUUCGGCAUCCAGUGCAUGCGGUACAUACAUACUGUGUGCUGUGCACUAUUAUUUUUUAUUAGCUUACAAACUUAGGCCGGUAUUCAUACCCAGUGAGAAAUGAUUCGUC